GAAAUCCUCGAAAACCCAUUAUCCGGUAGCUGCUUCCAACGCCGCACUUGAUGACAACGAGCUUCUAAGACGUGUCUUGCAGCUCAGCCAAAACGGUGCAUCAUUUGGAAUCCAGAGGAUUAAUUUUGCCGGUUUUGAUUGUUGGGUUUGGGGAAUUCUGCCUUAGCAGACUGCCUUCAAAAUGGCUAUGCAACUUGAUCUAUCGCAAGCUUCGGUAAUGAAAGAUGAGCAGGGACGGCCUUUCAUCGUUGUGCGAGAUCAAGGAAAGAAGAAGAGACAGCACGGUACCGACGCUGUGAAGUCACAUAUCGUUGCUGCCAAAACCGUUGCGAAUAUCGUCAAGACAUCUUUGGGUCCCCGAGGUCUCGACAAAAUUCUCAUUUCUCCAGACGGUGAUAUCACAGUCACAAACGAUGGAGCUACGAUUUUAUCACAGAUGGAAAUCUCAAACAACGUCGCUAAACUUCUUGUUGAAUUGUCAAAGUCCCAGGAUGAUGAGAUUGGAGAUGGAACAACCGGUGUGGUCGUACUAGCGGCUUCGCUGCUGGAGCAAGCGUCCGAACUAAUCGAUAAGGGAAUUCAUCCUAUCCGAAUUGCCGAUGGUUACGACCAGGCUUGUGAGAUUGCUAUUGCUGAACUGGACAAGAUCAGCGACGAGAUCUCAUUCUCGAGGGGUGACACAGAAAAUCUGACCAGAGUUGCAAAGACAAGUUUGGGCAGCAAAAUCGUCUCUAAAUCUCAUGACCAGUUCGCCAACAUCGCCGUCGAUGCUGUCCUUUCGGUCGCCGAUCUCGAUCGUAAGGAUGUAGACUUUGAGCUCAUUAAAGUUGAUGGCAAGGUUGGCGGUGCCCUCGAGGAUUCGAUUUUAGUGAAGGGUGUCAUUGUCGAUAAGGAUUUUUCACACCCUCAAAUGCCUUCAGUAGUUCGUGAUGCGAAGCUGGCAAUCCUCACAUGUCCAUUCGAGCCUCCCAAGCCGAAAACGAAGCACAAGCUUGAUAUCACAUCUGUGGAGGAGUUCAAACGGUUACAAUCGUACGAGAAAGACAAAUUCACAGAAAUGAUUCAGCAGCUGAAGGAUUCCGGGGCCAAUCUCGUCAUUUGCCAGUGGGGUUUCGAUGAUGAGGCCAACCAUCUUCUUCUACAGAACAAACUGCCAGCCGUUCGAUGGGUCGGUGGCCCCGAAAUUGAACUCAUUGCUAUUGCGACAAAUGGGCGGAUUGUUCCACGUUUCGAGGACUUGAGCGAAGCCAAACUUGGCACGGCUGGGUUAGUCCGAGAGCUAACCUUUGGUACAACUCGAGAGAAAAUGCUUGUCAUUGAAGAGUGCGCCAACAGCCGUGCCGUCACAGUCUUUGUGCGCGGUAGUAACAAGAUGAUUAUUGACGAGGCCAAACGAUCACUACACGACGCAUUGUGCGUUGUUCGUAACCUGGUCAGAGAUAACCGCGUCGUAUAUGGCGGUGGUGCUGCUGAAAUCGCAUGCUCCAUUGCCGUUGAAGAUGCUGCUGUCAAAAGCCCUGGAAUUGAGCAAUAUGCUAUGCGCGCCUUUGCCGAUGCUCUCGAUGCGGUGCCAUUGACGCUUGCUGAGAACUCGGGUCUGAACCCGAUCGAGACACUUGCGUCUAUCAAGUCACGACAAGUCAAGGAGAAGAACAGUCGGCUUGGUGUUGACUGCAUGUUGACAGGCAACAACGAUAUGAGAGAGCAUUUUGUUAUUGAUCCUCUUAUUGGCAAGCGCCAGCAAUUGUUACUUGCAACACAAUUGUGCCGCAUGGUUCUGAAGAUCAACAACGUGAUCAUCGCCGGUGACGACGAGAACGAAUUCUAAAUAGACUGCUAAUAUGUACACCAGUUGUGCGAAGGUAAAGGAUGGGGUUGUUUCUUACGGCGUCAGGCCAAAUAAAAAGCCAUUAUUCUACCAUAUACAGAUUCUAUGGACAUAAUGAACUAUCCGUUGAUGUGGUUAGAGAUAAAAGGAAGCUUCGAAAUGAAAUUAGUUACCAGACUAAAGCGUUUUCUUAGGAUGU